CAAAACGUUGCCUGGGUUCAGAGGUCAAUAAACAAACUCAGCUGUGAGGAAGCUAUGUCAUGUGAUUUAUACAAUUAACAUUUCGAAACAGUUAUUUGGCUUUCACCAACAGCCUUUUGAAUAUGACAAAUUGGGGUUUUAUUUGCGUUGUUGUCUUGCUCUCCCUCUACUCUGAGACGCAGGGGCUUACACACAGCCGUUUUCAGGUCAAGAAUCAUGGGUACAGCACUGACCCAAAACCCCAGUUUAAAGAGAAAUACUUUCCCCAAAUAAUGGACCACUUCAACUUCAACAGUAUGGGCAAUGGAACCUAUGAGCAACGGUACCUAAUCACAGAUGAGUACUGGAAGAGAGGUUCUGGACCCAUCUUCUUCUACACGGGAAAUGAGGGAGACAUCUGGGAGUUUGCCCUGAACUCUGGAUUCAUCACAGAGCUGGCAGCACAGCAAAGAGCCCUAGUCAUAUUUGCUGAGCAUAGAUACUAUGGCAAAUCACUCCCAUUUGGCCAGGACUCGUUCAACAUCCCAGAGGUUGGGUUACUGACGGUAGAACAGGCCCUAGCAGACUAUGCUAUCAUGAUCACAGAACUGAAACAGCAGCUAGGAGCCUCCGCAUGUCCAGUCAUUGUCUUUGGUGGAAGUUAUGGAGGAAUGUUGUCAGUCUACAUGAGACUGAGGUACCCAAACAUUGUAGCAGGGGCUCUGGCUGCCAGCGCUCCCAUCCUGUCUACUGCAGGGAUGGGGGAAUCAAAACAGUUUUUCCAGGAUGUCACAUCCGAUUUUGAGAACUAUGCCCCAGAGUGUAGGGAUGCUGUAAGAGGGGCGUUCCAGAGGCUGCAAGACUUGGCUCAAAUAGAAGACUAUGGCCGUAUCCAGUCAGCGUUCUCCCUGUGCAAGACUCCAUCCUCAUAUAAGGACAUCCACCAGCUGAAUGGGCUCUUACGUAAUGCCUUCACACUCAUGGCCAUGCUGGACUACCCCUACAGCACCCACUUCAUGGGUAGCAUGCCUGCCAACCCAGUCAAGGUGGCUUGUGACACCAUGUUGGGUGGAGCUGAUUUGCUGCAUGCCCUAAAAGACACUGCAGGAAUAGUGUACAACUCUACAGGAGAUCUGACCUGCUUUGACCUCUACACGCUGUAUGUGGAAUGUGCUGACCCAACUGGCUGUGGACUGGGCUUCAAUAGCCUGGCCUGGGACUACCAGGCCUGCACAGAGAUUGAGAUGUGCUUUGAGAGCAACAAUGUAAGUGACAUGUUCCCUCUUAUGCCCUUCACUGAGAAACAGAGGGAACAAUACUGCUCCAAGCGCUGGGGGGUGAUCCCCCGACCUGGCUGGCUCAAAACCCAGUUUUGGGGUGAUGCCCUCUCCACGGCCAGCAACAUCAUUUUCUCCAAUGGAGAUCUGGACCCAUGGGCAAAUGGAGGGGUGAGAAAGUCCUUGAGCUCAUCACUGAUUGCAAUCAACAUCUCAGAGGGGGCUCACCAUUUGGACCUGAGAGAGGCCAAUGAUGCUGAUCCGGCAUCAGUUAUAAAGGCCCGUAAGAUGGAGUCCGACACCAUCGCUCAGUGGGUGAAAAUGGAGGAGAGGAAAUGCCUUCAACGUGGAUUUUAAUGAUUGACAGUUGUAAAAGGUUGUUCAAUAAAGUAUUUUAAUCUUGACAUUUAUACAAAUUUAAAGCAGGUCCAUAGUUUUAUUGUAAACCAAGUGACAUUGUGGCACAUUUUGUAAGUUCAUGAUUUAGACAGUUUUGUAGACCCAGAACCAAACACUGGUCCCAUUAGCCCCCAGCUCUUGGUUUAGCAUAUUCAUUCCCAAGUUGAAAAACAGUUCAGUCGACAUGGGUGUACUACUUUCCAGCUGAGUCACUGAUGUUGCAGGGUCAUAACAAGGUACCCCAAAAUACACAGUAUUGCAAAUGACACAGGCGCAUAGUUUCAUUGAAAUGCAGAUUCUCACCAAUUUGAUAUUGAUUGCAAAUGUCUACAAUAUUGCAAUAAAAAUGAUUAAAUCAGAUCCGCUUUCGACAUCAGCAUAGGUGUUGUUUUGGUGGUGUCAGGUGGAACUGCACUAGAGCUGUCAAAUCCACAAGCGGCUCCUGGCAUUGCCUAAAUCGGACGUCGCAUUAAGUGAAAGCCCAUACAGCCUUGUUUACAAGUUGAAACACGGGCAUGUGAGAUGUAAUCUACACCUCCAUUAGGCUGCUAAAAAUCCUAAUUUUGUUGAAUGAUUUUCAAUUGGAGUGUUUCUUUAUAGCCUACACUUUCUCGGUCUGAAUUUCUAACAGGAGUAGGACGGGUGUGGCUUUGUGAAUGAUCAAGGCAGCUGCUCACCAAUUUGACACCUCGGACAUGCCAAAACAUCAGCUAGCGCCGGUUAACACAAUCUGAUUGAAUCUAGGCCUUAUUUUCCCUUGAGGUUCCAGUUGGGUAGGCUUAUUUCAUAUGGUAUUAGUGGUUUGAAAUAAAAGUUCUCCACAGCUUGUGGGCUGAGUGAGUCAGAGCAGCUGGAUUUAAUCCAUAUCGUGGCAGAUUCGUGCUAAAAUGUAAAGGUCAUUUGUGAUUGAGCCGACAUGCAGCGUUUACGUGAAUGCGGUCGCCACGAAUGUGGUAACAUUGCCUUUAAAUUUCUAUCGUGCUAUAAGACGGAUCUUCCACGAUACGGAUUGAAUCCAGCCCUUAACCAUGACAAUAUCUCUGACCUUGGUUAGCAGAGAUCAGGCAGCAGCUGACUUCAGAUGCUGUAUCAAAAUCUCCCAAUAGCAUUUAAUUUACAUUGUUAUAAAAUAGGGAAAUGGCUUAUUGUCAUUCUUAACAGAAUGAUGAAUGUAGAAUAAUUCCAGAUUCCAGUUGUUUUAAUAACUAGGAUAUCUUUGGUGUAGAAAAGUUUAGGAUCCAGCUGAAGGAUUUUUAAAAAAGGAAUCAGAAAUGAGCAGCAGUAUAUUAACUGAUCAGAGAUGUGAAAAAGGGAUCGGAAGCAGAGCCCUUAGUUUCAUGAUAUAUACUGUAAGUCUAUACACAGUGAGAGUUAUGGAAGUAUACCCAGCAAAUGGUUGGACAGUUGGAAAAUGACAUUCCUUAAUUCAAAAUCACACCAUGAUUAUGUAACAAAUACACAUCUUUGCACAACUAUUCACAUCAACUAUGUACAUUUCAAUAACAAAACAUGAAUAUGUCCAAAGAGUUUCAUAAUGUUGUCCAGAGCAACGUUGAAGGCACAAGUGAAACAACACUAAAGGAGGGGAGAGCUGAACAUUGAAAUAGGGAAGAAAACUACAUUUCACACUUAAGAUGUUGAGUUUGGUCUCAAUAGAAUGAGUGAAAGUGUACAUCAUAACAUUCAAUAUAGUUAUUUACAGGAAUGAUGGUGAAGUAUAGGAUCUACAGCCCAGGGCCCUUUUUCCCCAAAAGCAUGUUAAGGCUAAGUUCAUCGUUAGGAUCCUAUGGUUUUAACGAACUUAACAUGCUUUUAGGAAACCAGGACCAGUUCUACUGCUACUCCAGUUUCUGUGGCAUAAUCCACAUUUACAAUUCAGUCUAUCCAGAUAUAGUAUAACACACUACAAAUCAAUUCAAAUUAUAUGGACUAAAAUCAGCUUAAUCUCACAAAUAUAUUUGUAUAACUAAACUACCCAAGUGUUCACACUAGCUUGCCCUAAUUUGAUGCCAUACAACAGGAAUGAUGA